UGGCCCUGUUUCAUUUCCACAGCAGCAGUGACGGUUGGCGGAGCGUGGAGGUGCCCAAACCAAAUUGAAGAUGCUUGUCAAACCUAGUGGGAGGAUCUUCGUGGCUCUUGGCAUAAUCCUCUUUCUGGGAUGCCCAGGACAAGGAGUUCCUCAAAAAGGCCGGUACAUGUGGGUCAGAUGUAAACCUGAUGCCAAUUCGGCUGGUUGUGUUGAAGAAAAAGGACCAAGUUUUGUCAUGACAGAUGGGAAUGCAAACAACCUGCCCAAGGCAGACCCCACGCGAAUGACACUUCAAGACCAUCCCAGUACUGUGCCAUCUUCUAGAGAUGAAUAUGGAUCAGGCAAUGAAGUUGAUCCUGAGACAGGAUCGGGCUUUGAGUAUGACAUGGAAGAGCCCAAUAUGCCUGACUUCGCGAACCAACCAAAUGCGAAUCUGAAGCUUAAGCUAACAAAUGAAGGCUUAUUUCUCCACGAAAACAGACUGUGAUUUCUGUUAUGGCUCGAUGUGAUCUUUCUUUUUACAUGCCAUACAUUUUGAUUACAUUUAUGCCCUAGACCAGGCAAAUACGUUAUAAAAAAAUUUACAACCUACCGUGUCUUAAAAUGCUUAUGCUUCUCUUUGAUAAAAUAUAUUACUUGCAAGCUUGGGGGGGAGGGGUUAAAAUAUACAGUAAUCUUCCAAUAAUGUGCCCUUAUCUUCUGAUAUGGGAAAAAAAAGGAGCAAACAAAGCAAAACAGUUAAGUUAAAUUCAAAAUAAUAAUGAAGGAAUCAGCCAAACUAGGUAAUGGAAUGCUAGACAAAGUCUCUUCAUGUCAGCAUCUCUUUUCUUUGGUUCAUAAUAUAGGAGCGGAUCAAAUCCCAGGGCAAAUAAAUGGGAAUGUGCCCCAUCAUUCUGGAAUAUUUUGAGACAUAUUUUUCAUUUGCACAAGAGACUUACCAAAAGCAAUGCAAGAACCUGCUUUACAUAUGAUCUCUAGAGAUAUGAAGGUCAGAAAAAACAGGCUUUCCCCCCCCCCUAUAUAGGGGGUGUUCCAAAUUUUCACAACUUUUCCAAUCAAAUAGCAUCUUUCUGAAUUCUAUUAUUUAAGGUAUCUUUCUCGUCUUGGUGGAUAUGGUGCAGUCUAAGCAAUUUUCAAAAACAGGAGCAAAUAAGCAGGUUUUGGGGGGACUUGCAUUACUUUUUUAAAAAAAGGGAGAAGCAACUUUCCAGUUUACAAAACAAUGACGCUGCCUUCCUUCAAAAGUUUUUCUUUUUUUUCAAACAUACUGAAGAACCACACUGUUUUAAAAUGCACCCAUGCCUUGUGUCAUUUUUGUUACAAUGUAAAUUGCCCUUAUAUUUACAAAUCAGAUAUAUUUCAUUUUUUAUUUAUCUUAAAUGCAGACAUAGCACUUGUUUUGCAACUCUUUUAGCUACUUGGUGUUUUCUUAUACCUGCAAUUAUUCAGCUAUCUUUCUAUUAAAAUCUAAUGCAACUAAA